AUGGCGGACGUUGAUAUGACAGCUGACAGACGCUCGGUCUCUCUGUCAAAGAGCCGGAAGCAGAAGGGCCGCGGCCUGAAGGAAGGCGGCCGCGAGAGCGACGGCCGCUACAGCGGCGACGCCGGCGUCUUCGAGAGGCUCGAGGAGAAGAAGAACGGCGCCACGAAACGCGACUCGGACCGAGCGAAGGGCCCCGGACCCGCGCGCUCCGUCGAGGGUUGGAUAAUCGUGGUCCGGAAUCUGCACGAAGAGGCACAGGAGGAAGAUCUCCACGAGAACUUUGAGUCCUUCGGCCAGAUCAAAAAUCUGCAUUUGAACCUCGAUCGCCGAACGGGUUUCGUGAAGGGCUACGCCUUCAUUGAGUACGAGACGUACGACGAGGCAGAAGCAGCUAUCAAGGGCAUGGACAGCCAGCAGCUGCUGGGACAGCCGGUGUUCGUCGACUGGGCGUUCAGCCAGCCGCCGGCGGAGAAGAAGCGCCGCUGA